CAUCUUCUGCGACGCACGGUUCGCCGCCACACUCCAGCUCGAACGCUAGAGAUAUACUUUGCCCGGCUGGUCUUCUCCGUACGCUAUGGUGGAGGCUGCCUCGGCUGCGCCAGCGACAGUGGUCGUUCCGCUGACGCAGACGCAGACGCUUUGCGCGAAUGCGCCAAGGACGAGCGCCGUCACCGUUGUUUCAAAGCAGAGCGUUCGGCCGGACGGCGUGUCGGCGGCUGGAGACGUCAAGCUUUCGGUCUCCGACAUGCCGAUGCUGUCGUGCCACUACAUCCAGAAGGGGCUCUUCUUCCCGCCUCCUGGCGUACCGAUCGCCUCCCUAGCGUCGUCGCUCGUGUGCGCGCUCUCCCGCGCGCUCACGGUGUUCCCUGCCCUCGCCGGUCGGCUUGUCACGCUGGAUGACGGCCGCAUCGUCAUCCGGUGCGACGCCGCCGCCGUCGAGUUCUACCACGCGGUCGCGCCUGCUCUGUCGCUGGACGACUUCCUUGUGCCCAACGCCGAUGUGCCAACCAGGCUGACGAAGGAUUUGUUCCCCAUGGACCGUACCGUGAGCUACGACGGUCACCGGCGCCCGCUCACCUCCUUCCAGCUCACCGUGCUCGGCGAUGGAGCAGUCUUCGUCGGCUUCGUCGCUAACCACGCCGUAGUGGACGGCACCUCCUUUUGGCACUUCUUUAACACGUGGGCAGGUCUCUGCCGCGGCACACCGGUCCAGCCACCGGACUUGCGCCGGAACUUCUUUGGCGAUUCCACUGCCGUCAUCCGCUUCCCCGGCGGCACGGGUCCUGCCGUGACCUUCGACGCCGACGCGCCCCUCCGCGAGAGAGUGCUCCAUUUCAGCGCUGCGGCUAUUCGCGAGCUGAAGGCCAAGGCCAACCAGCGGAGAAGAUCCGACAAUUUUGCAGAGGCUGACGGGAAGCACGUGGAUGAAGCGAAGGUUCAGGGUGGUUACAGAGAGAUCUCGUCCUUCCAGUCGCUAUGCGCGCAUAUAUGGAGGGCGGUGACGCGAUCCCGGCGUCUGCUGGCGGCGGACGCGACCACGACGUUCCGCAUGGCGGUGAACUGCCGGCACCGUCUGCGCCCGGCGAUUUCCCCGCUCUACUUCGGCAACGCCAUCCAGAGCGUGGCUACAACGGCGAAGGUGGCCGAGCUGGCGUCGAACGACCUACGGUGGGCGGCGGCCAGGCUGAACGCGACCGUCGUGGCGCACGAGGACGGCGCCAUCCGGCUGGCGGCGGCGGAGUGGGAGGCCGCGCCGCGGUGCUUCCCUCUGGGCAACCCCGACGGCGCGGCGCUUACGAUGGGGAGCUCGCCCCGGUUCCCGAUGUACGACGGCAACGACUUCGGGUGGGGCCGGCCGCUCGCCGUGAGGAGCGGACGCGCCAACAAGUUCGACGGCAAGAUGUCGGCGUUCCCGGGCCGGUCUGGGGACGGCAGCGUCGACGUCGAGUUUUGCCUCGCGCCCGACACCAUGGCCCGCCUCCUCGGUGACCACGAGUUCCUGCAGCACGUGUCGCGUGCACCGUGACGCACGUAAAUCUGCUGCUGUACCGCUAGGGCACGAUCGCGCGAUGCGACAUCUGCACAUGACACGAUUAUCUGAUGACUGAUCUGUGGUGCAGAUUGCAGUAGCCGUUCGACAUGUUGCUGUGUUGGAUUGUGUGUAUGCUUGCGAAAAUAUCUAAUGACUCUGUUACUCUAUAUCCAUUGUAAGAUGGCGUUUGGCCAAGUUGGAACAGCCGCGCACAGAGGAUUUGCUUCCAGGAAGUUGUGCACUGUCCUUGUUACGUGUCUUGUCACUUGGGUGUUCGAUCCCUAUACUCGAGCUGGUUAUACCGUUAUAUAUAUA